AUACCGUCGAAAUUCGAGAGGAAAAAACAACAAACGAAAUAUUUUUAUCUCGCAGACCUAUGCCAGGGUACACUUACAUUCGAUAUGUGGCAAAACAUCCGAGCUAAACUAUUUUCCCUGGCCGCUAGCCGUAUUUUAAAACGAGAAAGUAGCCACAAUUAUCCUUGACCGAUGCCGUUGGACAAUUAGUUACGCUUGACCGCGCUGGGUAGGAGAGCAAACUAUAUUACCCUCCCUGCCAGGUGGGAAAAUGUCGCGCUCGGCCGGUCUGGGAACUAGGGCAAACUAUUUUACCCUCCCUACCCAAAAGAGCAAACUUCGCGCUCUGCCGAAAUUGACCAAAACAUCCGUUGGGCGGGAAAACCCCACCAGCUGAUCGAUACCUGAGCUUGUCUGUUAUCAAAAAAUGUCUAAACUUAAUCCUCUUGGCGGCCUUAAACGAUCUAAUGAAAACGAUGAAAGGUUAAGCGCUACUUCCAAAAAGGCUGAAGUCGUGAAGGGAUUUACUGGAGCGAAAACAUGGGUCAUGCUAAAUUAUGAGAAGAGCAAAAAGAGCUUUGCACAAUUAAACGAUAUUAUUGACCACUAUACAGAAGAAAACAAGGAAAACAUAGCGCCUGCAAGAAAGGUCGUAGUAAAAAGAGCCGUUGACGAAGUCUUCGGCGUAAAGUGUGUGAAAAGGAUGAUUAAUUAUGUUCGGGAGCAAGGGUACCCUUGCCUUAGAAAAAAACAGUUUUUAGACGAAGGGCAAGCAGCCGAGUUUGUAAAUGAGUGGGAACAUCUAAAUUCAAAUGCAGAGGAGAUCAUGUCGCCGCCCUGGAGUGUACUGAGAAACGACCUGAAUAGUAGUUUCAACCAAAUACUAUUCCUUACAUGAUAUUCCCAAUUCUGCUAUUCUCUUAUUGUGUAAAUACUGCUAUUCCUUAGGGGAAGUUUAAUGGUUUUUCCGACUCUGCUAUCUCUUCCGGAUAAAAACCCCUCUGACAACACCCGAUUUGCUAUCUCUUAGUGGCAAAAAUUGCUGUUGACCACACCCAUAGUGCCCAUCACCCCCAUCAGUUUUUAAAAUGUCAUGUUUUUUCAUGCGACUGAAAUGCCGAGAGUCGAUAGAGACAUCUGAAAUAUCGAAAAUAUGAUUUCUGGAUUUCCAAAUUAGUUUUAUACUUUUUUCUCGCUAUAAAACAUUGCAUAGCCACGGCAUUUUUAUAACAAUUGGUCUCGUAUUUCUUGGGAGAGGACUUCCGGUAUUCCGCGGU